UACACAUCCAACUCCACAAAUUUUCUAUAGCUAACCCUUAUUUCUCGCAAUUCAACCAUGUUCUUCCAUUCCGAUCAUCGUUUUUCCAUCCUCAUAUUCACCUAAUCACUUCCACCAAUCAAUUCAACUCAUCACCUCCUUCAGAUCUAAUCCAAUCGUGUAGGGUUUGGAGGCUAAUCUCAUUUCCUACAGAAAAUUAGGGCUUGAAGAGCAUCGAACAAUGCCUUCGGUGCUUUCGCUCGAAUUUGUUAUUAUUCCUCCUUUGGCUACCUCUUCUUAUUCCGGUCGUUCGUAUUCUCAUCGUCUUAAACGUCGUCGUCGUGGUAAUCUUAUUAGUUAACAAUUGCUUUGUUUUUGUUGUCAAAUUAGUAUCUGUUUCUGCAUCUGUCUUCAUCAUCGUCAUCGGUUUGCUGUUUUUGAGGCGGUCAAUUAGCUGUAUCUGUUGAAUUAGUGAUCAAUCAAGAGAUACGAGAUUGUUUGGAUUGGUUUCGGUUUCUGCGUGGUUGAAGUUUGGUCAACCCUAGAUCUGAUCUUGCUACAAAGGUUGAGCGUUUAAACUAUUUUUGCAACCCGAUUGCAGCUCUUGCUUGAGGCCAAUGGACAUUUGUUCUCACGUUGGUUUGGCAGCUACUGAUAGUAUAAAUGAUCAUCAUGGAGUCCUAGAACCUCUAUCUGUGGACGAACUCAGUGUUGAUAUGACCAAGUUUCUUAACAUUCAAGAUGCCAUGGAAGAGGAUUUAAGCUCCUCAACACCCCAUAAUGAUUGCGAGUUUCAAAAUAAAGACUUGUGCGACAAGUUAAUUCAAAGCAAAACAAUGACUCAAUCCCCUAAAAAGUGUCCUAGUAAGCAUGCAUCGUCUUCAGGUAAAACUGUAUCUCAUCAAGAUGCCAUCACAAGCGCGUUAUCAACACAUGAUGACAGCAUCAAAUCUAAUGAUCCAUCUGGCUUCUGUACCGUAUCUAUGCCUACCCAUUCGAAGCCUGUAUCUGCAAUGAAAGGCAGCCGUGAGAAAAGGGGAGCUACUCCACCAGUGAAGUUAACAGUAAAAUGGGCCCCAGACGUAUACGAUCCAAUUCCUACUUCAGUAUCGCACGUUGUAACAAACAGGUCUUCUUCAAAACACAACAAGAAGAGUUCAAAGAACAAGCAAAAGAAUGGGAGCAAAUCAUCACGUGGAAGCAAAAGUAAAGAUAAAAAGCAAGUUAGAAAACGUGGUGGAAGCUCUUCUUCUUCUUCUGGCAUGAGUUACAAGUUUGAACAUGAAGAAGAGUUGGUUGAUUUUUACGAACUGGAACAUCAGCCAGGUGGCAUUGAUUAUCAUGUUGGGAAUCCAGACCGAUUAUGUGGAAGUAGCUUUAUGAAGAGAUGUGGAACGAGCUUAUAUAUCUCAUCAGUUGCUGAAGCCACCUAGCUUUUCGAGAUAAAAAACGGGUUUGUGUUAAUUGUGUGUAAAUAAAUAAUAAGAUUGCAGUUUUGUUGGUUAGUAUCAGAACUUGGAAAACGCUCGUACUAUGGUUACUUUGAUUUAUGUAGAUAUUGUGUUUUUGGUAA